AUGAAAAAGAAUUCUUCAGCAAAAGCUGUUGCUCAACAACGUAACACUCUUUGUAGCAGCAACCAAGCCUCCAGCAUGCUGUUACCCGUAUUUCCGAGCAGUACCAUCAUUCAAAACAAGAAGAAGGAGAACGCAAUGAUGAACGAUAUCCAAAAGUUGUUACAACCUGCUCUUUCGCAGGACAAGGCAAUCUCUCCAACACCUUCAACAGUUCUUCCUUCUUCACCAAUAAUAUCCUCGAAUAACCCAUCUUCACCAUCAACAACAAAUUCUUCUCCUGCUGCUGUAAAUAAGAAUAUGUGGUUCAGUCCACAUGUAUUUUUGAAAUCAUUCCCUGUAUUCCCUCCUCCUACUAGAAAUUUAACUCACCUGAGCAGCGAACAACCACAGCAACCACAAACGCUGCCAAUAUUUCCUAAAAAGGAAGAACAGCCAGAAAAGAAAUCACCAUACAUUAGCUCCAGUGAACAUGAAAGGAGGAGUGUUUGCUCCAGCUCUUCCAACAACUCGAUUCAAAAGAAGAGAAAAACUAAGAGAAACAAGAUUGAUAUUCCCCUUAAUGAGUUAAUAAGGUUCAUGACUCUUCCGCAAAGUGUGGCUGCCAAGAAACUUAACGUAUCCCUUAGUACACUCAAACGACGCUAUUAUGAACUUGUUUCUGAAUUUGAAGGUUCAAAGGAUACAAAGGCUAAAUGGCCUUCAAUGCCAACAAAUUAUCAUGAAUUAUCAUCGACUUCUGAGGAAGCCAUUCCAACUGAGCAAAAGGGGUCACUGCAAUAUAUCCUCAACAGAUAUGAUGCUCAUGACAACACGUUUGUUGAUAGUCUAAGCAUGACUGUACUUAACUUCAGUUUCAAGCAAAACUUGACACAAUCAUCCAAUGAUGAGUAA